ACCAUGGUAGACGAAGCAACAAAAUCAACUUUAGCCAAAAUUCCUCUGUUAAAAACCAAAGCCGGACCACGAGAAUACCAAGCAUUAAUACAGUAUGUACAAAACAACAAAGAAAGUGAUAAUGACUGGUUUAGGCUGGAGUCCAAUAAAGAAGGAACUAGGUGGUUUGGCAAAUGCUGGUACAUUCAUGAGUUACUCAAAUAUGAAUUCGACAUUGAAUUUGAUAUUCCAGUGACAUACCCUACAACUUCUCCUGAAAUAGCUAUUCCAGAGCUAGAUGGAAAAAUUGCAAAAAUGUACAGGGGAGGCAGAAUCUGUCUAACAGAUCAUUUUAAACCUUUAUGGGCACGUGAUGUUCCUAGAUUUGGUAUUGCACAUGCUAUGGCCCUUGGGCUUGGACCAUGGCUGGCUGUGGAGAUACCUGAUCUAAUACAAAAGGGAUUUACAGCACACAAAAGUAUACUUCAAGAUCAACCUGCUUUAAGUUGA